AUGGCUGGUCCCGUUCCGCCAGAGCUCCGACCCCUCCUCCAGCGACAGGACAACGAGCCGUCGCGCUCUUCCUCCCCUUCGUCCAGCACGACCGCGAGAGACAGCGAGGAUGGAGAUAAACACCCCGAGACGAGGGUCAUCCAGGAGGAGGACAUCAUCACAGGGGACGUUCACCCCACGCGCGCCGUCGAGGACGAUGUGCUGCCUGAGAUAUCUAGCCUCGGACGCACGCUCACUUGGCAGAGCGCCUUCAUCAUCGUCAUGUCGAGGGUUAUCGGAAGCGGGAUAUUUGCGACGCCCGGUGUGAUCUUGCGCUCUGUCGGUAGUCCAGGACUCACCCUUGCCCUGUGGCUCGUUGGCGCUGUCAUCGCUGCCUGCGGCUUGUCCGUGUCGCUCGAGUAUGGAUGCAUGCUCCCUCGCUCGGGAGGAGAAAAGGUGUACCUGGAAUUCACGUACAGACACCCUCGGUUCUUGGCCUCCACGCUGGUGGCCAUCCAGGCGGUGCUUCUUGGAUUCACGGCGAGCAACUGCGUCGUGUUCAGCCAGUACGUGCUCUUCGCUCUGGGCAUCGACCACCCGAGCGAGGUGUUGAGAAAGGGACUGGCCGCCGGGCUGUUGAUCUUCGUCACCGUGACCCAUGGCGUCUUCCCAAAGACGGGCAUCCGGCUGCAGAACAUCCUUGGCUGGGUAAAAAUUGCCAUCGUGGGCUUCAUGAUCCUAUCGGGAAUAUACGUGUUGGUAUUCCGCCCCGGUACUGCGACCACCGACAAUUCUCCUCCGGUGAGCGACCAGUUAUCAUGGGACCAUCUCUGGGAGGACAGCGUGUGGAACUGGGGCACUAUCGCCACUUCCUUCUUCAAGGUCCUUUAUUCAUUUGCCGGCCUUGAUAACGUUAGCAACGUCUUGAACGAGGUCAAGGAGCCUGUCCGGACGCUCAAGUCCGUCACGACCGCAGCGUUGUUUACGACGUGUGGGCUCUACAUCCUUAUUAAUCUGGCGUAUCUUUUGGUCGUCCCCGUGGACGAGAUCAAACAGAGCGGCGAGCUCAUCGCUGCUCUGUUUUUCGAGCGCAUCUUUGGGCAUGGCUUUGGCAAGACAGCCUUGCCCCUUGCUGUGGCGCUGUCAGCGGUCGGGAACGUACUGGUCGUUGCUUUUGCUCAGGCCCGUCUGAAGCAAGAGAUAGCCAGGCAGGGAUUCCUCCCAUACUCGCAUCUCCUGUCUUCGACCAAGCCAUUCGGCUCACCUCUGGGCGGAUUCGUCGUCCACUUCAUCCCGUCUCUGCUCGUCAUCGUGCUACCACCAUCGGCCGAAGUCUACUCCUUCAUCCUUGAAUUGGAGGGCUACCCAGGGCAGAUAUUCAGCUUUGCCAUCUGCUCUGGCCUGCUUUUACUUCGUUUUAAACGACCGGACUUGAGAAGGCCAUUCAAAGCCUGGACACCAGCCGUCCUUAUAAAGAUCGCCUUGAGCGUUGCGCUCCUGGCGGCGCCUUUCUUCCCGCCGUCUAAGAAGCCGGCAAAUGGGAUGUUCUACGCCACUUAUGCUAUUGUGGGAGUGAGCAUUCUCGUUUCAGGUGUUAUUUACUGGUAUCUAUGGACUGUUUUGAUCCCCAGGUGGAGGGGCUAUACACUGGAGGAGGAGACGGCAUCGUACCAAUCAAGAACAUUAAGACGAUCCAAGAUGGCCGCAGCUGCAGUCCAGCAUUCUCUUGUACCAGGAGGCAUCGGCCUGGUCAGCCCUCAGCAGCAGACAGAGCAGUUGUCCACUCUCGCCCAGUAUACGGACAAGAGAGACGUGAGGACUGUACUGAACUAUCACAAGGACAACGAGGAUGGCUCGCCACCUCGGCCUACCUAUGUUGACCGCCCGGAUUCAUAUGAGCGCCCAUAUUCAUCUCACGAUGCCACUAUUCACGAUGUUAGAGGCGAGGAGCACCUCUACACCCUGGAUAAGAAUGGAUUCGAGAUCUAUCGCCGUGCCGCCGCGGAGAAGGACUUCGUAGAUGAAGAGCAUAUCAAGGCGGUCUACUACCCCGAGACCGAGCAACUACUAAAGGAUGCCACCGGCGCAUCUCGCAUCUUCAUCUUCGACCACACCAUCCGCCGCAACCCAGCCGGCUCAGAGAAGCAAGGGCGCAACCUGCGCGGCCCAGUCCAGCGCGUGCACAUCGACCAGUCCUACUCUGCGGCCAAGUCCCGCGUGCCUCACCACCUCCCAGAGGAGGCUGAGGCGCUGCUCCGCGGGCGGUACCAGAUCAUCAACGUCUGGCGUCCCAUCCGGACGAUCCAGCGCGACCCACUGGCCGUGGCCGAGGCGCACUCGGUGCCGGACACGGACCUGGUGGGGAUCCCGCUCAUCUACCCCACGCGCAACGGCGAGACGUACGCGGUGAAGCAUAACGACGGCCACAGGUGGUUCUACAAGUCAGGGCUGGAGCCGGACGAGGUGAUCCUGAUCAAGUGCUUCGACAGCAAGACGGACGGGAGGGCGAGGCGGGUGCCGCACACGGCGUUUGUGGACCCGACGGCCAAGGAGGAUGCGCCGCCGAGGGAGAGCAUCGAAGUCCGUGCCCUGGUGUUCCAUCCCGACGAUCAGGAGUAA